AUGGCCGCGCCAGGCAGCAGCCAGGUAUCUGCCUCCAUCUCUCCGAGCUCGGUUUCUUUCCAUGAUAGGUUCAGGAGCAACUCCCUCGCCCUCAGCAACGGUGGCGUGCGGGUACCUAAGGUUUUGCAUCCUGUAGACAAUGAUGACCUCAAGCUCCUCAUUCUCGAGAACAUUAGCCAGGAGGCAGUCAAGGCUUUCCGCGCCCACGGCUUCCAUGUAGACCACUAUACCAGAGCCAUGUCCGAGGACGAGCUCGUGGAGAAGAUUGGCCAGUACCACGCUAUUGGGAUACGGAGCAAGACAAAAAUCACCGAGCGAGUGAUCAAAGCUGCGUCUAAGCUCCUCGUAAUUGGCUGCUUCUGCAUAGGAACAAACCAAGUCGACCUCCCGACCGCAGCCAGAGCCGGAAUACCCGUAUUCAACUCCCCUUUCUCCAAUUCCCGCUCGGUCGCUGAGCUGGUCAUAAGCGAAGUCAUCGCACUCUCUAGGCAGCUGUUCGAGCGGGCUUACGAGAUGCGCACUGGCGUUUGGAACAAGCAGUCGAAAGGCUGCUGGGAAAUCCGAGGAAAGACGCUGGGGAUUGUCGGCUACGGUCACAUCGGUUCGCAGUUGUCGGUCCUCGCCGAGUCCUUCGGCAUGCGCGUCCUGUUCCACGAUGUCAUCCCCCUGAUGCCCUUGGGCCAAGCGCGGCAGGUCGACUCGCUGGAGACGCUCCUCGCGGAGUCCGACUUCGUUACGCUUCAUGUCCCCGAGCUUCCUGAGACGACGAAUAUGAUCUCGGCCAAGGAGCUCGCGCAGAUGAAGAAGGGCGCAUACUUAAUCAACAAUGCUCGGGGGAAGGUGGUCGAUAUCCCGGCUCUCAUUGAGGCGUUGAAGUCCAAGCAUCUCGCAGGGGCUGCAGUCGACGUGUACCCGGCCGAACCUGCUUCGAACGGAGCACCCUUCGACGACCAGCUCAACUCUUGGUCUUCGACUCUCCGAUCUAUCCCCAACGUUAUCUUAACGCCACACAUCGGUGGGUCCACCGAGGAAGCCCAACGCAUGAUCGGCGAGGAGGUGUCCACGGCCGUGACGCGAUACCUGACCUCCGGCUCGACCCUUGGCGCCGUCAACUUCCCCGAGGUCGACCUGCGUGCCAUUACUCCCGACCAGACCAACAACGUGCGCAUCUGCCACGUUCACGUUAACCAGCCUGGUGUGCUUCGGCAAGUCAACGACAUUCUGUCGCCGUACAACGUCGAAAAGCAGUACUCCGACUCCAAGGGUGACGUCGCGUACCUCAUGGCCGAUAUCGCGGAUGUGAGCCCUAGAGACGUCAACAGCUUGCAAGAGAAGAUCAACAAAACAAGCGCAAACAUCUUGACGCGCUUGCUUGCAUAG